AUGGCAGCCUGCUGCAGCUGGAAUGAUGUUUUCCAGUAUGAGACAAACAAAGUCACCCGGAUCCAGAGCAUGAAUUAUGGCACCAUUAAGUGGAUCUUCCACAUGAUCGUCUUUUCCUACGUUAGCUUUGCUUUGGUGAGUGACAAGCUGUACCAGCGGAAAGAGCCUGUUAUCAGUUCUGUGCACACCAAGGUAAAAGGGAUAGCAGAGGUGAAAGAGGAGAUUUUGGAGAACGGGAUGAAGAAGGUGGUGUCCAGUGUCUUUGACACGGCGGAUUACACCUUCCCUUUGCAGGGAAACUCCUUCUUCGUGAUGACAAACUUCCUCAAGACAGAAGGCCAACAGCAGGGGUUAUGUCCUGAGUUUCCCACCCGCAGGACGCUCUGUUCCUCUGACUUGGGCUGUAAAAAGGGACGGGUGGACCCGCAGAGCAAAGGGAUCCAGACCGGAAGGUGUGUAGAGUAUAAAGGGAAGCUGAAGACCUGUGAAGUCUCCGCCUGGUGUCCCAUCGAGGCAGCGAAAGAGCCCCCCCGGCCUGCGCUCUUGAACAUUGCCGAAAACUUCACAGUGCUCAUCAAAAAUAACAUCGACUUCCCUGGCCACAACUACACCACGAGAAACAUCUUGCCGGGUGUAAACAUCACUUGUACCUUUCACAAGACUCAGGAUCCACAGUGUCCCAUCUUCCGACUAGGAGAUAUCUUCCGAGAAGUAGGAGAUAAUUUUUCAGAUGCUGCAAUUCAGGGAGGAAUCAUGGGCAUUGAGAUCUACUGGGACUGCAACUUGGACAGCUGGUUCCAUCGCUGCCAUCCAAAAUACAGUUUCCGUCGCCUUGACGACAAGACCACGAAUGAGUCCUUGUAUCCUGGCUACAACUUCAGAUAUGCCAAGUACUAUAAGGAAAACAACGUUGAAAAACGGACUCUGAUAAAAGUCUUUGGGAUCCGUUUUGACAUCCUGGUUUUUGGCACCGGAGGGAAAUUUGACAUUAUCCAGCUGGUCGUGUACAUUGGCUCAACCCUCUCCUACUUUGGUUUGGCCACUCUGUUCAUUGACUUUCUCAUCAACACUUACUCGAGUAAAUGCUGCCGAUCCCACAUUUAUCCAUGUUUCAAGUGCUGCGAAUGCUGUGCAGUCAAUGAAUACUACUACCGGAAGAAGUGUGAGACCAUCGUGGAGCCCAAGGCGACGUUAAAAUAUGUGUCCUUUGUGGAUGAAUCCCACAUUAGAAUGGUGGACCAGAGGCUACUUGGGAGAAGUCUGCAAGGUGUCAAAGGUGAAAAAGUCCCAAGACCCUCAACGGACUUCACAGACUUGUCCAGGCUGCCCAUGUCUCUCUGUGACCCACCCCCUAUACCUGGACAGCCGGAGGAGAUGCAGCUGUUAAGUGAAGUGACUCCUAGAUUCGGCGACAGCCCUGCCUGGUGCCAGUGUGGACACUGCCUCCCGUCCCAACUCCCUGAGAGCCACAGGUGCCUGGAGGAGCUGUGCUGUCGGAAAAAGGCUGGCGCCUGCAUCACCACCUCGGAGCCAUUCAGGAAGCUCGUCUUGUCCCGGCGUGUCCUGCGGUUCCUUCUGCUCUACCAGGAGCCCUUGCUGGCGCUGGACGAAAACGCCAACAGCCAGCUGCGGCACUGUGCCUACAGGUGCUACACCACCUGGCGCUUCGGCUCCCAGGACCUCGCUGACUUUGCCAUCCUGCCCAGCUGCUGCCGCUGGAGGAUCCGGAGAGAGUUUCCCAAGAGUGAAGGCCAGUACAGUGGCUUCAAGAGUCCUUACUGA